CGUGUCUCUCUGCAGGUCAGUAAGGUGAGUCUGGUGGAUCUGGCGGGCAGUGAGCGAGCUGAUUCCUCUGGAGCCGAAGGCGUGAGAUUAAAGGAAGGUGCUAAUAUCAAUAAAUCUCUCACCACGCUGGGGAAGGUCAUCUCUGCUCUGGCUGAAAUGCAAAACAGCAAAAGAAGGAAAAGUGAGUUCAUCCCAUACAGAGACUCAGUGCUUACUUGGAUACUGAAGGAGAACCUGGGUGGUAAUUCUCGUACGGCUAUGAUCGCUGCUCUCAGUCCUGCAGAUAUUAAUUAUGAGGAAACACUCAGCACUCUCAGAUAUGCUGACCGUGCGAAGCAGAUCCGCUGUAAUGCUGUAAUUAACGAGGAUCCAAACGCUCGUCUGAUCAGAGAACUGAAGGAGGAAGUGAACCGACUCAGAGAACUGCUGCUGUCACAAGGACUGAGCCGACUGGUCACUGCUCCAGCUGCUGAAGUCAAUAAUAACCAUGUGGGCGUCACUCUAAUGCCUGCUGACCCCGCCUCCAAUGGAGCUCCACCCACAUCCGCACCUGUCCCAGGAGAAGGCCCCGCCUCUGAGAGUGACCCCGCCUCUCUAGAUGGCCAUGGCCAAUUAGAAGAGUUUCAGGGCGAGAUGAUUACCAAUGAGGAGGCAGUGGAGAGACUGAAGGAAACAGAGAAGAUCAUCGCUGAGCUGAAUGAGACGUGGGAGGAGAAGCUGAGGAAGACCGAGUCUAUACGCCUGGAGAGGGAGUCGAUUCUGGCAGAGAUGGGAGUGUCCAUUAAAGAGGAUGGAGGAACUGUCGGAGUGUUUUCACCUAAAGGGGUCCCUGAUGAUUGCUUAUGUGCUGAUAUUCAUCUGUGUGUGUGUGUGUUUGUCAGAGUUGGUCAGAAGGAUGUGGACAUCAAGCUCAGUGGUCAGUUCAUUAAAGAGCAGCACUGUGUGUUUUACAGCUACAUCAACCAGAACGGAGAAGUGGCCGUGACUCUGGAGCCGCUGGAGGGAGCAGAGACGUAUGUGAACGGGAAGCAGAUCACCGAGUGUGUGCUGCUCAGACAGGGAAACCGCAUCGUGAUGGGCAAGAGCCACGUGUUCAGGUUCAAUCACCCGGAGCAGGCGCGUCUGGAGCGCGAGCGCAGCAGCUGUGUGGAGCAGCAGGGAGAGCCGGCCGACUGGAACUACGCUCAGAGAGAGCUGCUGGAGAAACAGGGCAUCGACAUCAAGCUGGAGAUGGAGAGGAGGUUACAGGACGUGGAGAUUCAGUAUCGGAGAGAGAAAGACGAAGCACACUCACUCACUCACACACACACUCAGUACGCAGAUUCAGACAGUGGAGAUGAUUCUGACAAACGCUCAUGUGAAGAGAGCUGGAGACUCAUUUCGUCCCUGAGAGAGAAACUACCAGCUAACAAGGUUCAGUCCAUAGUGAAGCGCUGCGGUUUACCCAGCAGCGGCAAACGGCGCGAGCCGCUCCGCGUCUAUCAGAUCCCGCAGCGCAGACGCAUCAGCAAAGACCCCCAGCAGGUGACCAUGAGCGACCUGAAGCUGCAGGCGGUGAAGGAGAUCUGCUACGAGGUGGCGCUCGGAGAGUUCAGACACUCGCGGCAGGAGAUGGAGGCGCUGGCCAUCGUCAAGAUGAAGGAGCUCUGCCGCAUGUACGGCAAACGAGACGCAGCCGAGAGCGAGGCCUGGAGGGAGGUGGCGCAGGACGUGUGGGACACGGUGGGCAUCGCAGACGAGCGCACGCUGCAGACGACAGACGGAGAGAGCGGUGUGUGUGACCUCAGAGCGCACGUCCACAAACUGACCGACAUCCUGCAGGAGGUCAAAGAGCAGAACAACAUGAAGGACGAGGAGAUCAGAGUCACACUCACA